AGAGAGGGAGUGCCGCUGUUCUGCGGAAUGGCCACCGCCGCCGCCGCUGCCGUUGUCUUUUGAGUCGGCUUGGCGUGGUUCGGUGGUGUGUUUGAUGUUGGGAGCAAAUGCGCGCGUUUAAAUUUCUAUGGAUCUAAUCUCCGUUUGGAAAGGUUCGACGGUGACGGAGGAGCGACGCCUUUGCGAGUCUCGGUGGAACGCCGCUUGAAGCCGGCUUUCGGGUAGACCGUGCGCCCGGGGCCCGGAGACACGCUUCGCGAUGGCGCAUCCCCCAAGACUGAUCUGUGCAGUAGUCGUGCUGGUCGCGCUUUGGGUACCCAGUCACAGCAAGACGAGUUCAGAUAAGGUGCUGGUCCUACCGGAUGACGUCUACCCUGGCCUUAGCGUGAAGCAGCUUCCCUACCUAGGUCAGUCCUUCAGCUUGACCGGAGAACCCCGAGUAGCCCGUUGCUUCAGCAUGCUGAGCGACGGUCUGCUCAUGGUCGCCACUAACGUGUCCCACUUGGUCGGGAAGCCGGGCAAGUUAGUUGUGACCGAGACCGACUUUCCAAGUUGGCCGCGCACGCAUCGAGAUCGCGUCCAAGAGCUGCUCGUGCACGUAAUUCCCAAGCAGCAGCUUCUCAAGUUUCCAAAGUCAGAGCUCCGGGGUGCCGUGCUCGAGAAUGAGUGCGCCGGGACGACGGUGCUCGAGUUGGACGGUGCUACGCGGGACGCCAGCCGCGACGUUAAGUACGAACUUGUGCCCGACGAGGAUGGCAGCCACGAGGACUUCAGUGUGUCCCGCUUGUACGCCAACUCUACGCGGCUGGCUCUUCGCACCAGCCGGCCGUUGGAUCGCGAGCACCGCCGCCGCUAUGAGCUGAACCUUCGGGCCUCCGACGACGUCGACUCGGCGUUAACGCGCCUCAUGGUAGACGUGCUGGACGUGAACGACAACGACCCGGUGGCGGACAGGGAAGCGUAUGUGUUUCGCGUUUCCCGCGACUCCGAGCCCUACACCAUCGUGGGCAACGUGAGCGCUUCGGACGCAGACGGUGACAGCGUCAGCUUUCGCCUUGCUCAGCGCCAUCCGUUUUUCACUGUGGUGCCCAAGACUGGCGAGCUCAUGGUCACACGUGGCCUCGAGCCUAAGUCGUACCUGAUGGCCUUACGCGUGGGUGACCGCGGCAAGCCUCAGCGAUUCGGACGCACUGUCGCCGUCAAGGUGGAGGUGUUCGAGCCAGAGCCGGCGCCGCCCGCGCAACGUAGCCUGGAAACUCAACAGACGCGGGUGCGUCGCUCAACGGUCACGAUACGGCCAACCAAGACUUACCGUUUCGAGGAAACCAAGGGCCGCGACGUCAACAAGACUGUCUUCACGCUCGACAAGAAGGCGGUCGACGAGACCUUCGAGCUCGAGAAGCCCGAUCGCUGGGUCUACGUGAGCCCAAACGGCGACGUUCGCGUCAAGGAGAAAUGGGACUACGAGCAGCUGGAUAAGGAGAAGUCCAUCGACUUCUGGGUGCUGGCCAGGUCCCCUGGAAGAGCUGAGAAGGAGCGGCAACGAAUCAUCAUCCGGAUAGCGGACGUGAACGAUGAGCCUCCCUACUUUAUCAACCGGCCGAUUCCGAUGCAGGCUGUUGUACAGUUGAAUGCCCCGGCCGGCACUCCUGUCUUCAAGUUGCAGGCCAGGGAUCCGGACACGGACCACAAUAUUCGCUACUCUAUUGUGCGCGACAGGAGUGGCAACAGGUUUGACGUGGACCCGCAUUCGGGCGAGGUGGUGACCCUUGGCAAUGCACCAUUCAUGCUGGACAAGGAGUAUGUGCUAUAUGUCAAAGCUGAAGAUCUGAAUGGCCAGGUUGGAGACAGACAGCACCAGUCAACACGUGAAGAACGCCUCUCAGUAGUUGGUGGCAAGCGCCAACCCCAGUUUUAUGUGCCCUUCUAUGAAGCUGUGAUACCGGAGAAUCAAAAGAAAGACUCCGACAUCAUCGAGGUGAAGGCCAAAUCUUUUGCCGAUCGGGAAAUUCGGUACACCCUGCGAGCCCAGGGCAAGGGAGCUGGUACCUUCAACAUCGGACCUACCAGUGGAGUGGUGAAGUUGGCCAAAGAGCUCGACUAUGAAGACCUCAGGCAGCCAAAGUCAUACUCCCUAAUUGUGACCGCAACUGAAGACUCUGGAGGAUUUUCAACAUCAGUUGAGCUAACAAUCAAAGUUACUGAUGUAAAUGACAAUGCUCCACGAUUUGAACUGCCGGAUUAUCAAGCCCACAAUGUUGAUGAAGACAUAGCGGUGGGCACAUCCAUACUUCAAGUGUCAGCAACGGAUAUGGACACAGGUCGCAAUGCUGAACUCACAUACUCUCUUGAUAAAGAAGAUUUCACCAUUGACAGCAGGGGUGUAGUGUACUCCAACCGGCGGCUCGAUGCUGAUGUGAACAACACGUAUGUGCUGACUGUGCGUGCCACGGACCGAGGGGAGCCACCCUUGACGGGCACUGCCACAAUACGCAUCUACACUGAAAACAAAAACGAUGAGGCACCGAAGUUCAGCCAGGAUGUCUACACACCAAAUGUAGAUGAAAAUGCUGGACCCAGCACUCUUGUGACCACUGUAGUGGCCAGCGACAAGGAUGGCGACAACAUCCUCUUUGGAUUUGUCAACAGUGGCACUACGUCUGGCAUGUUCCAGAUUGAGGAGAGAACAGGUGUUAUUCGACUUAUCAAUGGCCCCAUACACCUGGACAAAGACAAAUAUGAGCUCAAUGUAACAGCACGGGAUGAUGGUGCCUGCUGUCGUAAUGGCGCCUUGACCCCUCAUACAAGCACAGCCCUUGUAGUUGUGUUCAUAACAGAUGUAAAUGACAACAAGCCUGUUUUUGAAGAGUGCCAGACAUAUACACCAAAGGUAGAAGAGGGUGCACAGAGUGGAACAUCAGUCAUCAAGGUGAAAGCAAGAGAUCUUGACAAGGGUCACAAUGGUCAAGUACGCUAUUCCAUUGUUCAGCAGCCUAAUCAAAAAGGCACAAAGUUCAGUGUUGAUGAGCUCACUGGAGAAAUCAGAACAAAUAAGGUUUUUGACCGGGAAGGUGAUGAUGGCCGCUUUGUUAGUGUCACAGUAAAGGCAACGGAUCGUGGUAGCCCGCCCUUGGAAGGAGUUUGUUCAUUCAAAGUGGAAAUAACGGAUAUCAACGACAACCCGCCUCUAUUUGACAGACAAGAGUACAGGGAAAAUGUGAAGCAGGAUACGCAGGUUGGGAUUCACAUCCUGCGAGUUUCUGCUUCUGAUGAAGAUGCAGAUAACAAUGGUGCUAUUGUGUAUAAUCUGACAGCACCUUAUGACCCUGAUCACCUGGCUUAUUUCUCCAUCAACCCAGACUCUGGCUGGAUAAGCCUGCAAAAGGCCCUUGAUCGUGAUCAAUAUCAGCUGCGAGCCAUUGCACUGGACAAAGGUGUUCCUCAGCAUCAAGCAACUGUGGAAGUGAUUAUUGAUGUGGUUGACAGGGCUAACAAUCCUCCCAUAUGGGACCAGCCUGUGUAUGGCCCCAUAUUUAUCAAGGAGAACCUCGAAGUCGGCAGCCGCGUCAUUUCCAUCAAAGCCAGAUCUGGAAUCCCAGAGAAUCCUGAUGUGUUCUACACGCUGAUGAAAGGAAGCACUGAGCAGACCAACAAGAAGGACACUUUUUACUUGAACCAGAAGGUGGAGAAUGGCCACACAGUAGCAGAGCUGGUGGUCAAUUACCCUCUUGAUUAUGAACGUAUCCAGCAGUACAAUCUCACUGUUCGUGUUGAGAACAAUGGCAUCCAACAGUUGGCAUCUGAAGCAACUGUCUACAUAGUCCUUGAGGACGUGAACGAUGAGAUCCCCCUCUUUAUUGAGCGAGAGCAAGAAACAGUGCUAGAAGGUUUGCCUCCGGGGACCAAGGUGACCCAAGUCCAGGCACAGGACAAGGACGGCACCUACCCCAACAAUAAGGUUUACUAUGCCAUAGAAUCUCGAGACCAUGGUGACAAGUACUUCUCUAUUGACCGGGAGACUGGAGACAUCUACACUAAAGUAGAGUUUGACAGGGAGGAAAAGAUGGCCUAUGCAAUCUUGGUUAGAGCUGAAGACGGUGCUCCAUCGGCGAGGCCUCACAUGACUGACAAUCGGCCUAACUCAGUGACCAAGUACAUCCGCAUUGGAAUCGGCGACAAGAACGACAACCCGCCGUACUUCGGCCAGGCACUCUACGAGGCUGAGGUAAACGAGGACGAGGAUGUGCAGCACACUGUCAUCACGGUCACUGCCAAGGACAAGGACGAAUCUACAUGAUUGACCGUUCUUCUGACAAGAAACGACAGUUCAAGAUUAAUCCGAAUGGUGUUGUUGAAAUUCAGCGCACACUCGACAGAGAAGACAUUCCAAGACAUCAAGUCAAGAUUCUGGCUAUUGAUGAUGGUGUGCCUUCACGAACAGCAACUGCCACACUGACUGUAGUAGUCAGUGACAUCAACGACAACCCACCCAGAUUCCAGUACGACUACAGGCCAGUCAUUCCAGAGCACACGCCUCCACAGAAAGUGCAAGAGAUUUUGGCCACAGAUGAUGAUGAUCGUUCUAAAAACAAUGGCCCUCCAUUUACUUUCCGCAUGGAUCCUAAUGCCCCAGAGCUUAUUCAGCAGUUCUUCAGAGUGGAACAUGACCCAACUGGUGCAAAUGGAGAUGGUAUGGCAGUGGUGCGCUCUCGAGAAACAUUUGACCGAGAGACACAGAAGGAAUAUCUGGUUCCCAUUCUUAUCAAAGACAAUGGAAAUCCAUCGCUCACUGGGACUUCUACUCUCACUGUCAUUAUUGGAGAUGUUAAUGACAACCGCAUGCACCCUGGCAGCAAGAGCAUCUUUGUAUACAAUUUCAAAGGGGAGUCUCCACCAACAAAAAUUGGGCGCAUUCACGUUGAGGACCUGGAUGAUUGGGACUUGCCUGAUAAGACAUUUUUCUGGGAGAAUAAUAAUGCGCAUCCUAACUUCGACAUGGAUGGCCACACGGGCAUGAUCACUAUGCUGAACUCAACAGGAGCAGGCACCUACCAUUUACGUUUCUUAGUGUACGACCGUAUGCAUACAAUGGAUGCCCAUGCCAACGUGACAGUAACUGUCAAAGAAAUCCCUGAGGAAGCUAUCUACAAUUCUGGCUCCAUACGUGUCACCGGUAUUACUGAUGAAGACUUCAUAAGGGUUUGGGACUGGAAAAAGCAACGACAAGUGAAGAGCAAAUAUGAAAUCUUUCGGGAUCUGAUUGCUGAGCGCAUCAAGACAAAGCCGUAUAAUGUAGACAUUUUCAGUGUUAUCCUCAAGCAGUCACGCCCACCUAUAACUGAUAUUCGGUUCUCUGCUCAUGGUUCCCCAUAUUACAAGGCCAGUUUACUGAAUGGUGUCGUUGCAGUGAAUCGGAGAGAGAUUGAAGAGAAAGUGGGCAUUAACAUUACCAUGGUGGGCAUUGAUGAAUGCCUACUGGAAAACCACAACUGUGAAGGUAGUUGCACUAAUGUGCUUAUGAUUGAUCGUAAUCCUGUAAUGGUGAACGCUAACCGAACAUCCUUUGUGGGAGUGAAUACUUGGGUGAAGGCAAAGUGUACGUGUGGUGCUCGAGACUUUUCCGACAUCGAGUCCUGCCGCAAGAGACCUCCUCCAUGUUACAACAAUGGCCGUUGUGUGGACACGUAUACAGGAAUCAGCUGUCGUUGCCAGUCAGGAUUCCAUGGACCACAGUGUCAACAAACAACACGGCAUUUCAAUGGCAAGGGCUGGGCUUGGUUCCCUCCCUUACAACAGUGUGAAGACUCCCAUCUGAGCCUAGAGUUUAUGACUGAGCGCCCAACUGGACUUCUGCUGUACAAUGGCCCAAUAUCCCGGCCUGACCCAGGGGAAAUAGUCAUUCAAGACUUCAUUUCACUGGAGCUCAAUGCAGGAAGGCCUAGACUGCUUUUAGACUUUGGUUCUGGCACGGCAGAACUGUUUGUUGAUGUUGAGGAGCACCUUAACAAUGGCAAUUGGCACCGACUGGAUGUGUUUUGGGACCGACAGUCUGUGCGGUUAAUGGUCGACAACUGUAUGUUAGCACGAACUCACGAGGGAAAUCAAACUAUAGAUCGAUCCCGUUGUGAGAACAGCACUCAGGUGCCAGAGUUCAACGAGUUCCUCAACGUAAAUACUCCACUUCAAUUGGGUGGAACUCAUGUUGGUGGCAAGGACCUUGGUGCAUAUGCUUGGCGACAUCGACAUACCACAGAGGGAUUUCAAGGCUGUAUUAAAAAUGUUGUUCAUAACAGUGAGAUGUAUGACCUUGGCUCUCCUGGAAGCUCAUAUAACAGCGUGACUGGCUGUCCUCCUGCUGAGAGCUCAUGCAGUGAGGCAGCGCUGCUCCACCAGUCCUGUGGUCAUGGCCACUGCCUUGGAACCUACAAAGGGGCAGAAUGUGUAUGUGACCCUGGCUGGCAUGGUCCAAAUUGUGACAGGGAAACACAGUCUAAGAUGUUCCAGCAAAGCAGCUACAUCAAGUACGCACUGCCAUUUGACCCUCAUCCGUACAAGACUGACAUCCAGCUACAAUUUCGUACACGUCAGAAACAUGGAGAGCUUUUCCGCAUCACAAGCAAACAUGGGCGGGAGUACUGCAUUCUUGAGAUCCGGGACAAGAAGCUGCGCUUUCGAUUCAACCUUGACCGAAGUCGGUCCUCUGAAGAGCGCGAGCUGUGGCUUCCCUGGGUGUGGGUGAAUGAUGGCCAGUGGCAUACAGUGCGUGCCCUGCGCUACGGUGCUUCAGCCAGCCUGGCUUUGGAUGGAGGCAGUGGGCGGCGCUUCAACGAGCUUCUGGAUUGGCAAAGUCCUCACCAGCAUAUGUGGGUUGAGAAGCAGAAUGUCAUUGCAGGUGGAGACGUCCAAUAUGUUGGUCCUGGUGUGACUGUUGUUGACAAUGAUUAUCAAGAAGGUUGUAUGAAUGACAUCCGGCUGGAUCAACACUAUUUACUGGAGAGUGGUUCUGAAUAUGCAGCUGUAGUCGAAUGGCGCAACCUAAUUGAUGGAUGUCCAUCCAACAACCCCUGCCAUGGUAUCAGUUGCCCACGACCCUUCGUUUGGGACCUCUGGAUGCUCCACGAAUGCAGGUGUGUGGAAGGUUUCACACCAACGGAAGACCGGCUUGACUGUGAGGACAAGGAUGAGUGCCUGGACGAGCCAUGUGGUUACACGGGUCAGUGCACCAAUCUGCCCCAUGGUCAAGGCCACACAUGCCUCUGCCAUGAAAGCCUCGAGUGCCACAACUGCAGCUGCUUUGACGUUGGUGCUGGGGCACGCAUGACCAACACAUCCCUUGCCCUUGGGCUGGAAGCCCUGCUCAUUAUCCUGGCCUGUCUAGUGGUGUACCUGCUUUUGGUCCUGGUGAUUGUGGCAUACACACGGAGCCGGCGCUCAGAUCAGAAAUUUGGUCAUGGUGGAGUGGAUGAUGAUGUACGAGAGAACAUCAUCAGCUAUGAUGAUGAAGGUGGUGGAGAAGAUGACAUGAAUGCUUACGACAUAACACCACUGCGAAUACCAGUUGAUGCAUCUGGUAUGCAGAUUGGGGCGAAGCCUGGUCCAGAGAAGGCACCAGCUCUGCAAACGGAAGUGCGCGUGCGGGAACCACCCACAGGGGCCCACCCAGAUGUGGGCGACUUCAUUCGGGACCAUCUGGACAAAGCUGACCAAGACCCUGGGGCUCCACCAGUGGAUGACUUGCGCAACUAUGCCUAUGAAGGGGGUGGCUCCACAGCAGGCUCACUCAGCUCCCUGGCCUCGGAGACGGACGACCAUGAGCAGCGCUUCGACUACCUCAAUGGCUGGGGGCCCCGCUUCCAGAAGCUGGCCGACAUGUACGGACAGGGCGAGAGCGAGGAGGACUAGGCGUCAUUCGCACAAAUGUCCCUUUGUCCCCCAUUUCAUUGACCCUUAGUCAUUGAUUUCGUUCACUUUGGCCUGCUCUCUUGUCCACUCGCAUUAGCCACUCACCCACACACUCAAGUCGCACAGCUCACGGUAGAUAGGGGCAUCUUACUUUAUUAUUUUGACACGUGUACUGUCAAGAUCAAUAGUGUCGGAGAGGUUAUACCAAAUGGAAUAUGCUCGUUCUUGAUAUCGCCAUUUUACCACGAUUAUCAUCUCUGCUUGAUGAUCACAGCUUCAGAUUCUCUUGGCUACAGUGUAUAAUUUGUGUCUUGGUGGAGACUGGACAACCCAUGCUGUGUUUAGCAUUUCAGGAAUAUUUCAAUGUGUAUACACAUGCCAUUAUGACUUAAUAGUAAUGUGCCAUCUGAAUAACCUUAUGACCAAGUCUGUUGACUUGGUUUGUCAUGAGUGAGUUAAAGUUGCCCCUACAUCGUGCCCUGUGUUUGGAGACUUGGAUGCCCAAAUUUGCCUCGUGCCUUCCUUGAGGCUGGUCAUUGAAUCAUCCCCAAGUGUUUCCUGCUUCAUUCUGUGUAUAGUUUUGUUUUAAACCUGUUCUGACAGCCAUCAUAAUCACAUGUGCAAAAGCGAGUGCUUUUUUUGUGUAAUGUUUCUGCAGCAGUGUGGUGCAAUCUAAAAAGGGCAGUAUACAUGUGAGCUGGGUUGCUCCUGUCUUCCGUGACACUAUAGUCUCCAGAAACCAGCAGUAUUUCUCUCCCAUUAGCAUUGUUAUAUUUUUCUUCUUAGUGUUUAUAUUUAAGCGCACUUCACUGUGGCCAUAUAGAGUGGGCUCUACCAUUCUCAUUUGUUGGCGGAGAAAUAACGCAUGCUUAAGGUUGUGUUUUGUUGCCAAGUGCCAUCACAAACAUGCACAUGGCCUGAGGAAAUUCCCACUGCCCUUGAUUUAUGUUUACAUAAUGUUGAUGCAUACUUUAAUUGAAACACUUUGCGGGUAUGCUUUUGCCAUAUUGAUAUUUACUUGUCUAGAACACAAGAUGUUUUCAAGCUGUGUGCUUGUACUGACACCACUUUUUUACAACUUGUGAUUGAGCCAGCAUUUUUGUCUGUAAAGGCUCAAAUGAAAUUCAAAAACUGCCCAAAUUUUUGUGCAGCUUUUUUUUUUUUUUGUGUGAAAUUGUUUGUUGUAAAGUUACUUGUCCAAAAAUUGUAUAGUAUAGUAUGUUUUAGGUAAUUCAAGUGUAUAACUGUGAAUUAUGUUCUGACAUGGCAGCUAUGGAUUCAAGGUCUCAGUUUUAGGCAGUUGCUUUUGUAACACACCACAUGUAGCAUGGAGCUUUCCUCUUCGUGCCGAUGUGACUCGCAUGUGCCCUUUUUUAUAGUGAAACCCAUCCUGCCCAUUUUAAUGUCCUGAACUAAUCCUCGCGAAUGCCUACCACACUCUCAAUCGUCCCUCGACGUUCUGCCGAACACUUCUCACGGUACGUUCUUUCUGGGCGUGCUUAGGUCAGGGCAGAAGAGGUUGCUGGAGUCGUGAGCGAUUAACUUGUGCUGCACAGGUGCCAGGCAGCCUUUGGUCCGUGCGCAUACUCCAAGGUGCAUUCCAUUUUUUAAGGCGGCAGUGCUGCUUCAUGCCUCAAAUGUCGCUGUGCCAGUCAGGAUAUCUGGGUCCUGUCUGCAGCGCACGAGAGAGUCUGUUUUCAGGGGCCCUCUGUCAUCGCGUUGCUCCUCUCACAACACUACCAUCCAGAAACUUGCAGCUUCCACCAAGACAAAGUGAGCAGCUGGUUCCUUUGUUAACCUAGGAAGUGAGAUAAAGGGGGUUAUUUAUUAUUAUAUCAGAGUUGUAUACACACAGGAGGGAGAGAGCAUACACCCAUUACGGUUCUCUGCCUUUCUUGUGCGACACAGUGGAAGGUGCAGUGUUUUUCUACACGUUACUGUAUACAACAUGCACAUUAUACUUGAAGCGUGUUCACCCAGUGCAAGUGUGUCUGGCUGUAUGGGUGUAUUUAAAAAAAAAAGCAUGCAUCUUAGCCUUGUAUGUGUCUUGCAUUUGUCAGCAGCAGCUCAUUUUUGUUCAGAGGAAGCCAAGAUGCUCAAGUCUAAGCAAAUUUUUUUUUUUUUCGACUUACGUAAACAUGCAACAAAAAUGCUCAUUGUGACAGUGCUGCAACUAUACCACAGUAUGUAGAAAGCUCCUGCUUGAAAAUAAGGUUGUGUUUUUGACUCUGUGAGAGGCUGAACUUAAUAGAUAAAAUAUGUUGUUAGCUUUAAUUUGUUUUUGAUGUGCAGCUUCAUAAAGGCAAAAAAAUAUAUUGUUAGCUUCAGUUAGUUUAUGAUGUGCAGAUUCACAAAGCUAAACAAUGAAAUUGUCAAUAUAUUGGUGCUCAUGUAUUGUGAUGCUGUUUAGGAACCUUUUUGAGAAUUUGUUUGGACAUGAGCCUUCAGGCACUUUUGUUCUUUGAGAUGAUAUUUGUCUGGCUUUUUUUCCUGAGUAUAUCAGCAUGGUCCAUCUGCUAUGCUGAACAUGCCAUUCAUUCCAGGUGUGUUUCAGCACAGUAUGUUGUGUUUUUAGUUAAAAUGAAUUCUUGUAUUGUGUCGAUUGUCAUCAUUAAUUUCAUUGUUAUUUUAAUUUUUAACAAUUGUCACAUUGUGCUAGUCACACCUGAUUACAGAAAACUUCUAAUGGAGUGCACUUGCCUUGUGGUUUUUAGGUACACAUCUCCUGCUGUUAAGUGAAGUGGUGAUGUGCACACGUGGUGUACAUUUUCUUUUUGUGCAUAUACUCUUCAGGUCCUAUUCAAAGUUGUUGCCCUUCUGCCCUCAGUACUGUGGUGUUUGUUAGCUGCAGCUGCACAAAUGAGCAGCAGUCACGCUUUUGUUUGUCCCCCUGCUGUGAGUGAGUUAGCUGCAGCUGCAAAAAAGUUGAACAAAGCUGUGCACGCACUCUUGAAGCAACUAUCAGCAGAAAAGCAAAGCCAUCAAGCAUGUAGUACCACCACAACUUGUAGUGGAAUCAUAAAUAUAUAUAUAUAUAUAUAUAUAUAUAUUAUGUAUAUUACAUAUAAGUGAGAGAGGAAGAGUGCAGGUAGGGAUUAUAAUGUUGGUAUGUAUGUGUGCGUGUUUGUAUGUUCUGCUUUCUUUUUUUUCUUAAUUUAGAGAACAGCAGUGCCGAGUUUCAGUUUUAUUUCAUGAUAGAAAUAUUUCCAGUACUUCAGCAUUGUGUUUGCAAGAUCAGCACUCUGUUUCUGCAAGCACAGAGGUCAUAUUCUCUGUCGUUCGCCUUUCUGGCAUGUGCUGUGUACAUGUGUUCCCUGAGCAGUGGUAGCAUAGAUGGUUGAGUUCCUUGUCUAAUUCUGGAGACUGUGUUGAUGAAGUGCCUAGUGACCUCACUCAUUCCCCCAUCUGUGCUUGCAGACUCUGGGUGCUGCUUUGCAUGUGUGUGGUACUUCAAGUAAUGUUGUGAACAGGAAAUCUUGUGCAGCUCUUUUGUUCACAUGAUACUAGGAUUUUUUUUUUUUGUUAUCCCUACUCCUCCCAUGCCUACUCGUCAGGUUUAUUGCGUGUAUGUAUUAUACAGGACAAGUCUGAUUUCUGGCCCUCACCUUUACCCCUCCAGUGUGACUGCCAUGCGUUAUGUGCUACGAGUCACACAUCGUUGGAAGGUUUUAAUGAGAAUUGUGCUUGUGUACUAAAGUUCUUUUUUGGGUGUUUUACAAUGAGCUGUCUUUGCUUCAAGUAUGUAGAUGUUAGGUCAUAAUUUUGAAGUCUUAAUAAAAGCCACAUAUGUUAAAUGA